AUGAAAUUUUCAACCUUCACCCUUUUCUCUUCUCAGGUGCUGCUGGCGGCCUCACUGCCCCUCUCCGCCAGCCCGGCUACUGGCAUAGUCUCUCGAAACGAGGAUGCUCUAAACAGUGCUGUCAAGGACUUGGGCAUCACGAAACGAUUACCUGCUGAGGCUGCGGCCGGCGAAGGCGCUGCUGGGGGAGCCGAAGGCGGUGGCGCCAAGGAAGGCGAGGCGGGUGAGAAGGAGAUUGAGGGACAGUUCAUCGUGCCUAAGAACGGCCGCUUCGAAGUCGAGUUCCAGAACGCCGUAGGCCGGACCCUCACCGUGACCGAGAACAGAUCUCCCGCAGCCCCUCCGCCGGGCUUCACCGCCGUCGAGCCGGUCUCCUACCAGAUCAGCCUAGCCGAGGGCGCGCAGGGCGUGAAGCUGUCCAAGGUCGACUACAUCAUCAACCCAGGCAAUGCGCUGGACAUCAGCAAGGGACAAAUCGGCCGCCUCUUCCCGGAAAUCAACGCCUUCAUCAUUGACCCCGCGCUCGGCGAACUGGAGUUCGAGGCCGAGGAGAACGAGUUGACGCUGACGGUGGCCAACAUGAAUGGCGAGUUCGCCGUCUUCCUUCCGCAGGCUGCGGCUGCCUGA